CAGCAGAUAGCAUCAUUUAAAGUCCUGGUUGUUUGCAUCUAAGCAAUAUCAAAAAAUAGGACACUUCUACAAUCUUUGCUAAAUAUAUAAUCAGAUAAUGUGCUGUUGUGUGCUUUCCAAAGAUUUGGGAGUGUGUGAAGGAUGAUACUCCCUGAAGAAUAUAAGGAAGCAGCUUGUUCUCUUCACCUUCAGAACUCUCUGGAACCUCACUCUGUGCAAAUCAACUCCAACAAGAGACGCUAAAGCUUCCUUCUGUAGAUCCACGCCUGAAGCUCCAGCAUGUUUCUCUUUAGCUUGGUUGGUUUUGCACUGAUCGCUGUGACUCCUACAGACGGACUGGAACUAAUCAGUGGAUUCUGUCCAGAUUUCUCAUUCAACUUUGAAAACCGCUGCUACAGAUACUUUGCAACGCAAAGGACCUGGGCUGAAGCAGAACGCGACUGUGUGGCAGAAGGACUGAACCUGGUGUCCAUCCACAGUUCGGAGGAGCAGAAAUAUGUCAAGUUUCUCAUAUCCAACUUUGAUAACAACGAGAGAUCCACAUGGAUCGGUUACACUGAUGCUCAGCAGGAAGGACUGUGGCUGUGGUCCGACGGAACUCAAGACAAUUUCCAGAACUGGAACAGAGGAGAGCCAAACAACUUCAACAAGCCGGAAAACUGCGCAGUCACCAACUGGGGGUUUUUCAGGAGAUGGAAUGACAUAGACUGCUCGGAAAAAUUCCCUUUUGUUUGUGCAUCUCGAAAAGCUUGAAUGCUGAUCGGAUCCAAUUUAUGUUUCUCUUUGGUCUGGGGUCCUUUAUUUA